GGGGCGGGUGCACCUCGCCUCCGGAGCGGGGAUGAGCGGCCGCUACGACUCCGGGUUGAGGUCGCAUGGACGCCGUGGCCCCGUGCCGGUGGCGACGUCAGAGGCCGGAGGAACUACAGGUUCCGGGGGACGCGAAGCGGGUGUGCCGGAGACCAGAGGCAGCUGUGCACGACCGGGGCUGUAGUCUGUUGAGCGGGUGUGCCAGGCAAUCCUGGAGCCCAGAGGAGGUGGUGCCCCUGCCCAGCAGACCUUUACCUGCACGCGGGCCAGAGAGCAGCCGUGGGAGACCAGCCUGUGGGAUUCCCCAGAAUGGUGGAAGGAGCUUGGCCCAGCCUUGCCCAAGGUGUAUGGCGGGGGAGCCUUUUUGUAUGCCUGAGGAAUCCUGGAGAGUCCUGGGCAUGAUGUAUCCACACAUAAAUACAUCAUGGCGAAACUCGAGAACAUCAAAGACAGAAAAAUCUAUAGAGCUGCUAGAGAGAAAUGACAGAUUAUCCAUGAAGGAACAGUAAUUUGGUGACAACAGACCUAGCAUUAGUACCAGUAGAUGCCAGAAGACCUUGGAACAACAUCUUUGAAAGUGCUGAAGGGGUUGUGCCUGUGUGGGCAUGUGUGCAGGCAGCUAAUAGGCAUAGAGCUAGGACAGCCUGAACAAUGGGAGUUACCCCUCUAGGAAGUUUAGUUAUCAAAAUUGACUCCAGAAAGGAGAACAUAAACAGACUAGUAUCAAUGGAAGAAACUGGGGAAGUUAAAAAGCUAUCAUCCAAGAUGAUUUUACAGGUUAAAAAAAUUUCUACAUGAAUGAACAGGAGGAUGAUUUAACAAUAGGAAAAGUUAUAUUAUCUGAUCAAAGGAGAAGAAACAAAUGAUCAUCUUUUUUGUUAUUUUUUUCUAAAUUUUUUUUUUUUGUAGUCAGAGAAUGUACUCUGUGAGUGAACUGACACUUUUAAAUUUGAUGAGCUUCUAGCAUGGAGUCAAUUUUUACAAUUGUUUUCUGUCUGAUUGUGAAAAGCUGUUUCCAGUUACUGGAAACAGCCCAUUAGAUCAAACUUGUUAAGUUUUUGAAAUUUAUGUUAUUCAAAUUUUCUGUAUCCUUAUUGAUUUUGAUUAAUUUUAAUAGAUGCAGAAAUAGCAUGUAAUUAGUUCCAAAUCCCAUUCAUGGUAAAAACUCAACAAGCCAGAAUAGAAGGGUUUACCCUGGUAAGGGAGAAGGGGCAUCCCAGUCAAUGGAAGCAUUUCUGUUGAUGACGGGGAGAAGGCACGGAGCUUCCUAACACCACUUCUGUUUAGUUUACUAGGGUUCCUAGACAGCACGGUAAGACAAGAAAAAAAGAAACAAUGGACAUAAUUAUCUACACAGAAAAUCCAAGAAAAUCUACAGAUAAACUAUUAGAACUAAUAAGAGAGUUCAGCAAGGGUGCUGAAUAUAAGAUGAACAUGCAAAAAUCAAUAGGCUUCUUAUUCACUGGUAAUAACCAAUUAGAAGAAAAAUUCCAUUCAUAUGAUUUCUUCAUGUAGAUUCAAGUUUUUGUCUAGCAUCCUUUCAGCCUGAAGGAUUCCCUUUAGUAUUUCAUGUAGGACAGUCCGCUAGUGACAGAUUGUCUAUGUUUUUGUUUACCUGGGAAUGUCUUAAUUUUACCUUCACUUUUAUAGGAUAGAUAAAAAAAAAAUUUUAUUGUACUUUAAAUGAAGGUUUACAGAGCAAAUUAGUGUCUCAUUAAACAAUACACAUAUUGUUUUGUGACAUUGGUUGCCAACCUGAUGACUUGUCAACACUCUCCACUUCUCUACCUUGGGUUCCCCAUUACCAGCUUUCCUGUCUCCUCCUGCCUCUUCAUCCUUGCCCCUUGGCUGGAGUGCCCGUUUAGUCUUGCUUUGUUUUAUGAGCCUGUCUAAUCUUUGGCUGAAGGGUGAACCUCAGUAGUGACUUCAUUACUGAGCUAUAAGGGUGCCCGGGGGCCAAACUCAGAGGGUUUCUCCAGUCUCUGUCAGACCAGUAAGUCUGGUUUGUAGGAUGGAUUUGCUGGUUAUAGAAUUCUUGGUUGACAGUUUUUCUCUCAGCUCUUUGAAUAUGUCAUCUCCCUGCUUUCUGGCUUUGGUGAUUUCUGAUGAGAAAUCACCUGGUAAUCUUAUUUAGGAUCACUUGCAGUUGCUUCUCUCUUGUUGCUUUCAAGAUUUUUUCUUUGUCAUUGGUUUUAGGCGGUUGGAUUAUUAUGUAUCUAGGUGUGAAUUUCUCCCCCUUCACCCAACUUGGAGUUCAUUGAGCUUCUUGGGUGUGUAGAUGAAUGUUUUUCAUCAAAUUUGGGAAGUUUUCAGCCAUUAUUUCUUCAGAUAUUCUUUUUCCCCCUUUAUCUCUUGCCUGCCUUUCAGUGACUUUCAAUAUGUAUAAUUGGUGAUGUCCUACAGGUCUCUGAGGUUCGGUUUAUUCUUCUUGUUUCUCAAACUGAAUAAUCUCGGUUGACCUCUCUUCAAGUUCUCUGUUCUGUCGUCUUCCUGCUCAAAUCUGCUGUCGAACCCCUAUAGUGAAUUUUUCAUUUCCGUUAUUGUACUUUCCAGCUUCAGAAUUUUGAUUUAGUUGUCUUUUUUUUUUUUAAGUAACAUUUAUCUCCUUAUUGAUAUUCUCAUUUGUUGAGACAUUGUUCUCAUACUUUCUUUUAGUUUUUAGUCAUGGUUUUCUUUAAUUCUUUAAACAUAUUUUAAAUAGCUGGUUUAAAGUCUUUGUCUGGCAAGUCCAGCAUCUGGGCUUCCUUGGGGACAAUGUCUGUUGACUGCUUUUUCUCCUCUGUAUGGAACAUACUUCCUUGUUUCUUUGCCUGCCUUUUUGGUUGAAAAUUGAACCUUUAAAGUAAUAUAAAGUGGCAAUUAUUAAAACUAGAUUUCCCCCCUCCAGGUUUUACUGUUAUUGUUGUUUCUUUAGUGACUUUUCAGAACUAAUUCUGUAAAACCUGUAUUCUUUGUUGUCUGUGGCCCCUGAUGUCUCUUCUUGGUUAGCUCGGUGGUCAGCUAGUGAUUAGACACAGAUUUCCUUAAAUGCCUGGAACCAGUGAGUCUCCAUCUUUGCUGUUAAACAAAGAAGGAAAAGCAUUCCUAAUGCAACUAAUGGCAAGAAUCAAUAGAAAUCCGUAAACUGGGAAGGGGCUGUUACUAUAAGUUAUGCAGUUACUCAAGUGAAGUCAGAGAGCUAGCCACAAAGCCAAGUUUCUGCACAUUAAUGAAAAAUGGUUUUAGCAAAAACAGAAAAGGUAUGUUGCAAAGGUCUCUCUUUCCCACUUUGCGUGGGUUAAAGUGCAGCUAGAUUUACUGUAGCUGAAGGUGUCAGUCUGGUGUGAUAAGCCCAGACAGAGGGAGCACAGGACGUGCGUACCUGCUGGUCUGGGUGUGCCAGCCAGCACCUCAGAACAGGUGAGGUAGAGCCUAGGAAGAAGGCUCUUAGUGGGAAGCUUUGAAAGAAUUCAUGAAUUGUGGUAAGCCCCCUGAGGGAAUCACCACAGCGAGAGGGAUGAACGAAAUGCUGAGGCUAUGCUCACAGGUGUGGCCCGCAAAGAGCUGGUACGAGAAGGGCUCAGCAGUGGAAGCAGCUGGAGGCAGCCUGACCUGAUUGCCUUUUCAUUUCAAUAUUAGAAGUGAAUAAAAACCCCCUCCUAAAAAAAGUCAUUUUCUUGCUUGGUGGAAAAAUACUGGAAUUGCAAUGUUUCACUGAGAGCAGUGUUACUUCCCAUGAUUGCACGUCAGGUCUCUUUUCAGCCCCACCCAAACAGGAAGCAAGGCAUUUUGUCAGCAAUAAGACUUACAGUCCAGGCACAACUAACCCUUCUCUUCCUAGCUGACUGUGUCAUGCCAUAGAGCCGGCGCCGUGACAGACUCCACGAGACCACAUCAUUUUUAUACAUUUUACUUUGAUCAUUUUGGGGAUAUAUAGUGGUAUUUUCAUUCCCUUGUUUCCUCAUAGCCCUGCAGGAAGGGAAAUACUAUUUACUGAGGGCAUUCUGUGUACCAGGCACUGUCGUGAGUGCGUUAAAUAUCUUAAUUAUAAUCUAGACCACCCUGCUGUGACUAUGUACUUACAUCAGGUAUGAGGACAUUACUUACAAAUGUCACCACAACCAAUUUUACAUACGGUGCAUUGUGUUGGGGAGUGUGUAGCCGGGUGUUAAGUGCAUGCCUCCCCCUGGAAAUUAAGUUCCUUGCACAUGUGCUGUUUUCCCA